AUGGCGAAGGGACUCAGAUCGAGUGUCAAGAAGCACAACAAGGCCCUGUUGCGCGAGAAAGUCUUUGGGCCGGUAGCAGAUGCGAGAACAGAGCGCCUCUCUGCUAAGCUGCAAGAGCUCGCAGGAACCUCCAAGAAGGAUGCGGAUAUGACAGAUGCAGACCCGAGUAAUGCAGAUGCUACCGCAGAGAAGUCCAAAACUGAUAUAGUGAAAGAUGACGAGCCCACCCCUCUCAAGAUCGAGGGCGGAAUUUCUCGCAAGACCGGCCGAGUGGAAAAGCGCACACGCAGAAAACCGCGUAACACCAUAACGUUUGCUCCUCACCCGGGGAAAUUGAAGAGACUCAAUGGGAACAAGAAGCGAUGA